CUUCAUCUCAUUCCACCCUCCCUCUCAUACACACUUUGAUAAACCUUUAUUGUGCUCCUUCUCUCUCCUACUUGCUCAAACCAUUCUGUUGAAGGUACAAGCAGCAAUUCUGGGGAAAAGUUGUUGAUAUUUGAGCUCAACAGCCAAUCAGAUGACACCCCUCCCUUCUGUGCUUAUGUAGCACCGUGUUGCUAGGCAGCCACAGGAAUAGUGUGUGGCUUGGUCCAUUUACAGAGCCAGGACUACAAACACCUCGGGACACAUUCAAUCUGAAAACAGUGUGCACCAUUUUGCUACGGUAUCCAGAUUGAACGACUCCCAAUCCCAAUGUCCACACUCAUGGACUCCCAGACUUUGAGGGGCGUUCCUGCUAAAUCCAUGAGGGCUUAGGGCUGCUCCACUGUGGGGCUGUCAAGUGCACGAGGCUCCCCUCAGACAUUAUGAGCCCUUUAUGCACAGGUUGGGAUGUGAAACACAGGGGUUACCAGGGAAAGCCUGGAAUCUUAAAGAAGGAACUAUAUGAACAGGGAGUUAAGAUGCUUCAUAGAAAAAACACAUGGAAACAGAGGAAUGCAAGCAUAUGCUAUAUUACAUACCUAUUUGAUUCAUCAACCAUCUCUUUUCAUUUUUGCUUAAUGAUGCCGUUUUAACAAAAAGAGUAGGCUGAUUGAUAAUUUGACAAUUCUAUUUCAUCCACUCUGUAAGGCAACCUUAACACUUGGGAGUCUUGGAGUCCUUUAGGUUAGGGUUCAAAGAAAAGGGAUUAGGGGAAAUAUACAAAAACAUCGAGGCAUGUCAGUAGGGUUUCUGAGCAUGCUAGCAUACAUGUGCUAAAUGUACACAGCAUACAUGUGGUAAAUUUACAUAAUACAUACAAUCAUAAUAUGGUAUUUACAUGAUACAUACAAUAUUGGUUGUGGAAAAGAUGGGCAGAGAGUAUUCAAGUAUUGUUGAACAGCUUAGUGGGUAUACAGUGUGCUCGUAAGGUUACUAUUACAAGGGUAAGUAGAGGAAUGGAACCGAAAACUAUGUCGAUGGUGGCAAAUAUUUACAUUGCCGGAAAAUGCUAGAACAGAGAAUGGGGUAGAAUAAGUGUAUGACAGUGUGGUGGGGGUGGGUAUGUGUAGGCCGAGGGUUUCUACAAAUAGAUCAGAUGGAGAGACUACAGCAGCAUCCCACAGCGAGGGAAGUCUAGGCUAGAAGGGGAAGAUAUAAACAAAGUGAGGGGAUGGAGUUCAGCUGCCAAUACGUGUAGAUGUGUACUUAAUGGAUAUGGUGAUGAACAUUGUUUCAAUCAGCAUUAGAGAACAUUUGGUUAGUAGACAUCAAUUUGCUAAAUAGAUAAGGAGAUAAAUGUAGGUAAGCAAUUAACAGUAGGUAAUAUGGACACUUUAUCAGUAUUAUAAUUAGCAAUAUGAUAUAGAAGGAGAGGGAGAGAGACUGCCUGGCAAGGUGCAUGGCAAUUUGAUUUAUGUUUAGUUUUGAUGAGGUAUGUUUAGCGAUGGUUUCUGACAUGGUGCAUGAGAACCAGGAUUGCAAGGGUGGCAGGAUACACAACAGUGCCCAACUGGCUGGCGAUUGCUGCAACACGCGUCACAUGCUGUACCCAGGCUCCGUAAAGGCACUCAUUGAGGGGUACAACAUGCGCUGUCUGUGUGUGCUAAACUAUGUGUUUAGUUGUGAUGAGAUGUGUUUAGUAAUGUUGUCUGGCCUGGUGCAUGGGGAAUUUUAGUUAGGAACAAUAGUAGUGCACAACUGGCUGGCGACAGCCGCAAUACGUGCCGUAUGCUGUACCCGGGAUUCGUCAAGGCACUCCGUUACGGUACAACCUGCGCUGUCUGUAUCCCACUCCUGCUAAACAUAAAAACAUGGCCAGCAAGAAGAAGUGAAGAAUGUUACGACAGGUGAAGGGUUUUUGAUGCAUUAUUCAUGACUAUGGGAUGCACUCAAUGUAUGUCUUUUGUCUCGAUUUGGAAAGGAUGUCUCCAUCUCGGAUUGAAGCAGGAAUAUUAUUCCACAGGAGGGGGGCUCGAUAGGUUAAGUCUCUGCCUCUUAUUGUGCUUUUUGAUAUUCUUGGUAAUACAAGGAGGCCCGCACUCUGGGAACAAAGAGAUCUUGGUGGGGAAUAGGGGACAACUAAUUCCUUGAGGUAAAUUGGAGCUAGGCCAUUUAGGGCUUUGUAUGUUAGAAGGAGAACUUCCUCAUCAUAUUUCUGAAAUCAGUUCUACUUUUGACAGGGAGCCAGGGCAGAGGCGAGUAUAGGUGAGAUAUGUUUAUAUAUUUUUUUGUUGUAGUGUGCGAACAGCAGCUGAUUGUAUAAGCACGAGGCUCUUUUUUAGAAAUGUAUUGAGUUGUUGCUACAUCCGCACAGGAGAGCAUUGCAGUAAUCUAGGCGUGACGUAAUAAAAGUUUGAUGAAAACAUUUCUUUGAGAUCUGUUUUAUGAGUGAGUCAAGUAGGAGGUCUUGGUUGAUAAUUACACCAAGAUUUUUGAUGCCAUGUUUCCUAAUGACAGCACCUAAGGGUAGCAUGUACAAGGAGAAGAGCAGGGGUCCAGGGGCCGAGCCUUGGGGAACACCAUAACUUACUCUGGUGUGAUAGGAUGACUUAUUUUGGACAUUAACUAAUUAUUGAUGAUCAGAAAGGUGGGAUCUAAACCAGGAUAGGGCACAGCCUUUGAUGAUGUUCAAGUUUCUGUCAAAUAUGAUGGUCUAUAGCGCAUGGUCUAUAUACGACCUCCAGUCAAGGUAAGUUGACUUACUUGCAUUGCAAUUCAUUCAUUUGCAAUUAAUCUCAGGUAAUCAUAGUUACAAUUUGGCGGCGUGAUUGGUUGAUCUGUCAAUCUCACUAUAAACAUCUCCAUUAUCAAAACAACCCCAUGCGGCAGACACACCCACUGUCAUCCUCAUGCAACGCAUGCUGUCUGAAUGUUCCAUUAAGUUACACACAAAGGUGCGAUUACAUAAUAGUGUCUGGUGGAAAAUGAGUGGCUGGUAGAUUUAAGAAUUGCCACUUUGGCUGGUGAAAGAAAGCAUUUAUUUCAGUAAACAAGUAAAGCAGUAGAGUAUGGGAGUCGACCAGAAGUAUGUCGUUUUUAGAAAUAGCAUUUUAACACUUCCUGGUUCCAAAGAAAAAAUCCCUAUGGAAAAAUAAAUGGGUUUUCGCAAAAUUUGUUAAAAUAAGGUGUGAAGAAACAACGCCUGCAGAAAACCCAGAAAAACGGUUUGGUUAGUUAACAUAUAGUUAUAACGUAACUGGUGUAGUAACGAACUGUUGUCUUGCCUCGUAAAGAUGUUGCUACCAAUAUGCUGAAGCAGAAAAAGAAUGGACUACAAUAGUGUCACUAGCCUCAGGCAACGCCAGGGACUCUCGAGUGGUAUCCAUGGCUACAGACAACUCUAACUCACACCCCGAGGUUUCUGAAACUUAAUGUCUUAAAACUCUAGUGCCAAAAAAAUGCUAUCAAAUCCUUAGGUAAUCGAUGUGGUAAGUUAAGAUGACUUCGUGGUUGUUGUGAGAACACUUGCAAUCCCUGAUUGGUAAAGCUAGAUAGGGUUAGCCUCUGUUCACCUUGUGAAAUUGGUGACACAUUAAGCUAGUGAUGGCUAAACUUAGCUCGUUAGCUUGCCGUUAGACGGCACAAAAAAAACACUAUUAUAACAAACGUAUCAAAGAUAUAUCUACAACAUUCCAAUGAAACAUACACUACACGACAAUUAUGUUACAGAUACAUUUAUAUUCGCUGAUGGAGCUCGAGUUUCAACUGUUGCUGUUCGCCAUAUUUUUUGAAGCCGAACCGGCUGUGGUAAAAUUACGCAUGCGCGACUCAUAUCCAUCAGUUAAUACACGUCACAUCAUAGACAUAUAUAUGUCUAUGCGUCACAUAACUAUGUUGGUAAACCUAUGACCUCACAAUGAACUACCCAGGUGCAUCAGUCGUGGUCAUAUAGUGAUUGUAUCUUAUGCAGCAAGGUACUACCACCAGGCUGACAGAGCAUUUUUGUUUCUCCAGUAGUCCUGUUAAAGAAACGGGCACAUUAAUUAGAUGCUGUUACGAAUGACGGACACAAAAAUGGAAGAGGGGCAUGUGGCUCCCUAUGAUCCUGAUUUUGAUGGACCAGUCCGUAAAAGAAAUUGCACAGAUCCUAUUUGUUUCCUGUUGUUCCUGGCAGCCCUCGCUUGUUACAUUGCCCUUGGUGUGACAGCAUGGCUCCUUGGAGAUCCUCAAAGCAUCCUGCAUGCACGCAACUCCACAGGGAUGUACUGUGGGGCUGGUGAUAAUAGACUGAAGCCCAGUGUGUUCUACGUUGACCUUCUGAAAUGUGACAAAUCGACUAACGCUCUGGCUGCUGCACUGGGAGGUGUCCAAUGUCCCACCACUCAGGUGUGUGUCGAAAAGUGUCCCUCUCAGUACUGGAUGCUGCCAGCUGCUGCCUAUGCCCCUGCCGCUCAGCCCAAAGACCAUUUCCAGCAGGAAUACUGUGAUCCCCGCCUGGAUUUGGAAACAACCAAUCUGACUGUCCAGAAGAUCCUCGAUGGAGACCUGUGUCCGUCUUUUUAUACUCCAACAAAAGCAGUAUCUGGAAGGUGUUUCACAAACUCAGUUUUACUGGAUAAGACCCCUAACUUCACCGUAACGAAUCAACAGUCAUUCAAUGAGACCGCUCUUGGCAUAAUGAACGCCACCAGUGACAUAAUGACAGUCAUCAAUAACAGAGGUGUUUGGGUUCGGAUCUAUGAGGACUUUGCCAUGUCCUUGCACUGGAUCUUACUAUGUCUUGCUGUAGCCAUGGUGGUCAGUGCUGUCUUCCUUCUGUUGCUGAGAUACUUGGCAUCUGUACUGAUCUUCACUGUCAUCCUCGGAGUGAUGGGUGUCGGAGCGUACGGAAUAUACCAGUGCCAUUCCGUGUACAAGCAAUACCUCACCUCUGAAACGUCCCUCGGUAAUCUGAACUUCAACUCAUCUUUUGGUGUUUAUCUUCAACUCAAAGAGACCUGGCUGGCUUUAAUGAUCAUCUUAAUAGUGAUGGAGGUCAUAAUUAUUCUUGUGCUCAUAAGCCUUGGGAAGAGUAUCUACUUUGCUGUGGAUCUUCUAGAGGAGUCCAACAAGGUAGUUAGCUAUGUGACCUCAACGGCAUUCUAUCCACUCAUCACCUUCAUGCUGCUGCUGGUCUGUCUGUCCUACUGGGGAAUGACCUCCUUAUUUCUAGCCACUUCCGGGGUCCCUCUUUACAGGGUGGUGGCACUCAACACCGCUGGAAACUGCAGCUCUAUUACAGGCCUCCAGAGUUGUUCUCCAAAUACGUUUGACUCUUCAAAGUUCUGUUCAAUGGCAAACUGUAUGUUCUACAAGUAUGAUGGCUUGUUCAAGACGACCAUGGUCUACCUGCAACUAAUCAAUUUGCUGCUGUUCCUGUGGACUGUGAACUUCUUCCUCACACUGGGGCAGUGUACACUGGCGGGCACAUUCUCCUCCUACUACUGGGCUUUUAACAAGCCUGCAGAUAUCCCGCCCAGCCCGCUGUCCCAGGCUUUUAUCCGCAACUUACAGUUCCAUGUAGGAACCCUGGCGUUUGCUGCUGGUAUUCUCCCAUUGUUCCAGCCGCCUCGGAUCUUUCUGGAAUUCUUGUUUCGUAAAAGCAUAGGAUCUUCUAACCCGAUCUCCAAAUGCAUCAAAAAUUGCACAUACUGCUUCCUGAAUUCCUUUUUACAGAUCAUGAGCUCAAACGCCAAUGUUAUGGUUUCUGUGUAUGGGUACAGCUUCUGGGUUUCAGCCAGGCAAGCACACAGGCUCGUGAAGAGAAAUAUCCUACGUGUGGAGGCGUUGGAUAGUGUAGCAGAUGUGCUGCUUUUCUUUGGCAAACUGUUGGUCGUGGGUACAGUAGGUGUGCUGGCAUUUUUGGUGACAUUUGGCAUCAUCGCAAUCCCAGGUGAUACCAUUUUCCAGGCGAGCAAACUCAACUACGCCUGUGUGCCAAUCAUUGUUGUCUUUGUGGGAGCUUACCUCAUUGCCCAGGCCUUCUUCAGUGUCUACACAACGAGUGUGGACACACUGUUCAUCUGCUAUAUGGAUGACCUGGAGCGUAAUGACGGCACUGUACUGCGGCCAUAUUACACGACUCGGAACCUCAUGAGGGUCCUCCACAAGACAGACUCCAUCACCUUCUGAGCCUGCACAACACAGACAAUCCCACGGCAUGUCUGCCAUAUUCUUUUCCUUCUAUAUCAUUAAAAAUCAUAUGAACAUAACUGAAAAUCAGUUGGCUGUAUUUGACAAGUUGAUCCCAUUAUCUGUAGCUGCUGUGGCUAAGAUGACUGAUAGGAACAAGAGGACAGGAAGUGCAAUUGCUGAUGAAUCUACCAUUUUGUGUGUAUAAACAUAAUGUAUAUAACAUAAAAACUAAACUUUUGUAUUUUUUUGUUAUGGUAGUGUUUAUCUCCGAUGUCACAAUAAAUGCAGAGUCAUAUUUGUGUAAAAGCUUGUGAUAUUACUCCAUCUUGUCAGUCUACAUGCUGCACAAUAAUUUCACAACGGGAUCUGCCGUUGUCUUUGCCGGUUCCAUAUCCUUCAGUGCGGUUUGUAUUUACAACAGUGGUGUAAAAGUGAGUUCCACACCUCUACAUUGUUCUGGAAUGGGGCUUUAAGAGAGUGGAGCUACUUCGACAGAAAAAAAGAAAGAACCAGCUAUGCUUGCAUUCUACAAGUAUCCAUUGAAGCUUGUGAAGUCUUAAUUCACUCGAGAGAAAACGGGAAGUUUGAGAAUUAAAAGAAAGAACUUGGAGGAGUAUCUUCAACAGCUACAUACAGACAAUCAGAGGCAUGUGGAUCUCGUGUUACUGGUAGAUAUUCCUCCAAUUGGAGAUAUAGGUUCACCAAUUAACAAUGACCAACCCAGGUAGAGAGAUGUGUUGCAUUCUCUCGGCUCUAACCAGGUGUUGUGUCUAAAAGGAAUUUUGGCAUCAAAUUCAAGCAGCAAAGACAGAGGGCAGAGACCUCCGUGUGGUAUUUUUGUUGAUCUCGUGAAUGCCUUUGGAUCGGUGCUACAUAGUCUAUUUCAGCAUUAGACAGGGCAUAUUUUGAGGACAUUCAGUUAUGCUUUAACACAAGUAACUACACCACAUCCUGGCAGAAUUUGGAGACUGGUAUCACGGCAGAAUGUACCAUUUCAAAAUGGAGGUAAUUAUAAAGGCAUCUAAAGGCAACAAGGUAUCUUGUUGGUGGUGAAAGGCUGCAGGAUGACUCCCAUCUGAGCUUGUAUGGAUGACAACACUGACAACAACCGCUCCAUUAACCAUCGGCUGUUAGCCAAGUUGAAUGACAUUUUGAAAUGGGCAAGGAUGAAAGUGAAACCAGGCAAAUGUAGAAGUGUUUCUAUCAGUAUGGGAAAUCUGGUGGAAGAGAAGUUUUAUAUUGUUUGUGAGGUGAUUCCUUCUAUUGAAAAAAUAACCUGUGAAGAGUUUAGACAGGUGGUACAAUUCCACAUUGAAUGACCAAGGACAGAUUUCAGAGCUUAGAGAGUUAAUUGUUAAGGCUAUCCAUUAUUGCUAGAGUAUCGAUAUAACCUUCUUGCCUGGUAAACUGAAACGUGGUGCUUGCAGUUUGGGCUUUUGCUCUCCGUAAGGUUGCCUUAUGACUAUAUGAAGUUGGUAUUUCAGAGGUGGAGAAAUUUUAGAAAGUCAUGAAUAAGGCAGUUAGGAAAUGGCGUGGGGUGCCACAUUGUGUAAGUGCUAUAACCUUGUAUGGAAAAUUUAUAUUGGAGUUACCAAUGACCGAAUGACCAAUGACCGAAGAGUUCAAAUGUGCUAAGACCAGCCUGUAGAGUUUGUCACUGUCUAGGUAUCCAUUAGUCAAGACCCCUGCUCCAACGGUGAAAACAGGGAGGAAGUGGAAUCCACUAGAAGCGGUUCAACAUGCACAAGGCACAUUACAGCGUAGGGAUAUUGGGCAGGUGGAAGAGCAGGGUUUGGACUAUGGGGUAAAGUGCAAUUUAUACUCGGUUUUUACACAGAAACGUAACACGUAAGUUAAAUAAACGCUGUUGUAAGCCCCUUUAAGCAGUCACGUAACACGUAAGUGCGUCCGCCAAAAUUUCUCACUAUGCAACAAAAACCACGGCGUGCCCACGCAGCCCGCAAAGACUGUGAAUGGCUGCUAACCCCAUCCUUUCAGGAGUCUCACAUUUCCGGUUUCAUAGCAUAAUACCGCCAUUUUUAAAGGCC